AGACGAGGUUUUCUUCUUUGCUUGAGGAACAAGGCGAGCGCAGUCUCGUUAUCUUCCAAGCAGCAGUGCAAGAGCGAGAGAGAAACGAUGGCGAGCGAAGCAGAAGACGCCGUACGACGUCGUACAACCACCACCGACUACCGUAAGAAGCUGCUCCAGCACAAGGAGCUCGAGUCCAGAGUUCGAUCAGUGAGAGAGAAUUUGCGGGCUGCCAAAAAGGAAUAUGCUAAAACUGAAGAUGAUUUGAAAUCGCUUCAGAGUGUUGGGCAAAUUAUAGGCGAAGUUCUUAGGCCUCUUGACAAUGAACGCUUGAUAGUGAAAGCAAGCAGUGGACCAAGGUAUGUGGUUGGCUGUCGCAGUAAAGUGGACAAGGAAAAACUGACUGCAGGCACCCGUGUAGUUCUUGAUAUGACUACUCUCACAAUUAUGCGGGCUCUUCCACGAGAAGUUGAUCCAGUUGUAUAUAACAUGCUUCAUGAAGACCCAGGUAAUGUUAGCUACGCAGCGGUGGGAGGUCUGUCAGAUCAGAUUCGAGAACUCCGGGAAUCCAUUGAAUUGCCUCUAAUGAAUCCUGAGCUCUUUAUUAGGGUGGGGAUUAAGCCUCCCAAGGGUGUUCUUCUCUAUGGACCUCCUGGAACAGGCAAGACACUGUUAGCCAGAGCAAUUGCGAGCAACAUAGAUGCUAACUUUUUGAAGGUUGUCUCAAGUGCCAUUAUUGAUAAAUAUAUUGGUGAAAGUGCGAGAUUGAUAAGGGAGAUGUUUGGAUAUGCACGAGAUCACCAACCCUGUAUCAUUUUUAUGGAUGAGAUUGAUGCCAUUGGUGGGCGUCGUUUCAGCGAGGGAACAAGUGCUGAUCGUGAAAUUCAGAGAACACUCAUGGAGUUGCUCAACCAGCUGGAUGGAUUUGAUCAGCUUGGGAAGGUCAAAAUGAUUAUGGCAACAAAUAGACCUGAUGUUCUGGACCCUGCACUUCUUCGUCCUGGGCGACUGGAUAGGAAGAUAGAAAUUCCAUUGCCAAAUGAACAAUCCAGAAUGGAAAUCCUUAAAAUCCAUGCUGCUGGAAUUGCUAAACAUGGUGAAAUCGACUAUGAAGCUGUUGUAAAGCUGGCUGAGGGGUUUAAUGGAGCCGAUCUUCGUAAUGUUUGCACUGAAGCUGGGAUGUCAGCAAUUCGUGCAGAACGUGACUAUGUCAUCCAUGAAGAUUUCAUGAAGGCUGUCCGGAAACUGAAUGAGGCAAAGAAACUUGAAUCAAGUGCUCACUACAAUGCUGAUUUUGGAAAAGACUAAAAAAACCCAGCUUGUCAAUCUCUCUGUUUUGUUUGGGAAUAUGUUUGGGGGCUGCCCGGAGACUGAAUGCAGCAUGGAGAACUGGGAUCAAGUGUGUGCUGUAAUGUUGAUUUGGAAAGGUUUUUUGAGCCAAGUAUAUUCAAUUUCUUAACCAUGGAUAAUGAAAGUCCAAUUUACUGGGGAAUGCUGGCCAAAUGUGACUCCUGUCUUAAAAGGUGAAUUAUUGAAUUGGAUUUAUUACUUA